AACAAUAGAAAGCAAAACGAGCGUUAACUUUUCAUCAGAGACAGAGAGAGGAACGGAGUAUUAGAGACAGGACUGUGGCUUCUAUACUUAAAUCAGCCGAAACUGCUGAACAGAAACUACUCUCCACACGGUGCAGCUGUAGUACAGUAGCUACUCUUCAGCAUGAACAUCCACACCCUGAUCCUUUUGGUCUCCACUUUAUCUCUAGUCUCCUCACUGGAAGGCAACCCAAAGCCAUGCAUGCGGGCAAAGAGCAACAAUGCUCACUCUGUCUUUCUUAAGCGCCACCUGCCCGACGGCGUACCCAAGACAUGGGACCAGAACGUGUGGAACACGCUGCUUAGACAAAUUAAUACAUGUGGCAGACCCACGCAGUCCUUCUUCCACCAAAAUGACAGGGAGCGUGUAAACGCGGUGUGCACUAAAGGCGGUGGAAAGCAGCUCUCUGGAAACCUGUGCAUCAGCAAGGAGAAAUUCUCCUUUGUUACAGUGCGUGUGGAUGUGGGUGAGGGUUUGUGCGGCAUCAAGAGCAUGCGCAACGAGACCAAGCACAUCAUUCUUGCUUGCGAUGAGGUUGGGGAUGCAUGUCGGCCUGUCCACUUUGAGGGGAACCCAAACAGCCUCGUGCCUAAUAAUAAUGAUCGGGACUGCGGAGAAGGUUCACAGCCGGGGUCAGGAUUUAAGGCGGUCAUAUCAAAAAGCCUUGUUGUCUUCACUUUAAUUGUGCUGACAUUCAUUUUGUGACCUGCCUGUUAGUAUUUUUAGAUGUUAUUUUUACGCAGCAGUAUUACAAUAAAGACGUGUAUUAUUAGAUUUUCGUACAUGAACUCCUAUAGUGUUAAAUGAACAUUUUCAGUGUUGGAUCACCAGUAAUGUUUAAAUAACACAUAGAUUUAAGUAACUCCAGUGAUUUGUAUGCAAAAUAGGAACCCACUGACUUGCUCACCGUCUGUAUCAGUAGGAUAAAGUAAAAUUGAUUUCAUGCAAAUUUGUUAGAGUAAAAUUUGUUACUUUUUUCAUGUUUUUACUUCUAUAAGUUUUGAUAUCAGUUUAUAUGAACUCACUUGACAACAGCAGAUAUUACCACUGUCUUUCAGUCCAUCUGAGGUCCAGAGAAUUCGUCUGUGUUUCUGCAUAAAAUAGAUGUAUGGCUUUCUCUUUGCAUAAUAAGAGUUGACAGUUGUAUUUCCUGAUGCAGUGGUAGACUGUGUUAAGUGACAAAUGUUUUCUGAAGUACUUAUUGAGCAAAUGUGGCUAUAUUUAUGACGGUAGCGUGACGGUUUCUCAUGCAAUGCCACACAAAUGUCACAAAAAUUUACUGAAAAAAUAAAUAAAAAUUGAAAUGAAAUAACA